AUGAAGUUUUUAAUGCUUGUUGGAUCAUUGGUUGUUGCUGGUUUGCUUUCCACCAGAGCAGAAAAAUCAGACGUCUACGAUGAGAUUAUGAAGGCCGUGCUUGAACUCAAAGUAGAAGAAUUUGAGAAGCAAGAAGAAGAUGGGGAAGGAGAAGAAAGAGGAGAGGUAGCAGGGGGAAAUGGCGUUGAUCAAAAAUUAUUCGAAUGUAAAAAAUAUGGCGAAAAGUGCUCUCCCUUCAGCAAGUGCUGCAACGGAUUGCGCUGUAACAAGCAAAGCGGAUUCACUGGAUUUUUCAAGUCUGCAAGAUGUGGUGAGUGCGGCAAGCAAGGGCAAUCGUGUCGCCAUGAUUCAGAGUGCUGCCUUGGAAGCGACUGCUCUGGCGUUUUUAAUAGAAAUGUUCCAGAAAGAUUUCGUAGAAUCAUUAAACUGCCUGUGGCUUUCUUACAGCAUGGACUGCUUGAUUCCUCUGUCACUUGGGUUAUCAAUAGUCGUAGAAGAAGUUUAGGUACAUAUUUGAUAUUCCUGUUUCAUAAAUGCUCAGUAAUAUUUCCAUUACCAGCUUAUGUUCUUGCUGACGAGGGUUUCAACGUCUGGUUAGGUAACGUGAGGGAGACUUCUUAUUCCGUUGGAUUGCCAGGAGUUGACCAGAAUGCUCAAGAAACUUGGGAUUUCACGCCGAGCAAUUAUAAUUUGCUAAGAGCUAAGAUAGAAGAAUCAGAAAAGGCUGAGGCUAAAGGAGAAGAAGAAGAAGAAGCUGAAGCGGAACUAAAAGGUCUCUUCAACUGUAGAACAAAUGGUGCUUCUUGUAACGCCAUCCAAAAAUGCUGUAAAGGAAACCGUUGUUCUGGCAUUCUAAGUGGAACGUGCAUCAGCUGUGGUAAACAGGGACAAAAAUGCCUAUACGAUUCAGAAUGCUGUCCUGGAACUGAAUGCUCUGGUUUUCUUAUUACUAAAAGAACUUGCAAGGCAAUUACAAGAAGAAGCAAAAAUUUGAGGGAUUAA